AUGAUCGCGGGCGUCGCCGUAUAUCCUCUUGGCUGGGAAGAGGCUGUAGUUCAAGAGACAUGUGGACCAUCAUCUCAAUACUCGCUAGGUGGAUGCCACAUACGCUGGGCUAGCUUACUGGCAGCUUUGGCAGCUCUCGAUGGCCUUGUUCUGGCCGCGCUGGCAUUCGUGUUGGCCACGAGGCAUGUGGCACUCACCGCCUACCCUCAAAAUUCUAUGUAUAAAGGUGAAGUCAACAACGCGUACGUCACAGAUGCGACCUCUGUCUCCGGUUCCCGUAAGUCCCUGGCCCUACAGCCGGUAUUAUUGAUGCAUCCUCACGCUCCCAUGGAUAUGGACACAUACUCACACUAUUCAGGGCGAACAGCUCGCUCCAAGCAUGGAUUAUAUGCGAAUACUAUGCACAAUUAUCAGCUAUGA